CUGUACACAAUUGCCGAAUGGAUGCGCCUAUCUCUGUUCGAGAGGAAGGUUAUGCGGAAGGGAAUUUGGGAGGAUUGAAAGCACGGUCCUUUGCAUUGUUUGAUUUUCGUGUUUAUGAAUGGUUACAUGAAAAAUAUGUCUAUUGUGUUUGUGCCAGAGAAGCUACGAGGGCGGGCUCAAAUCAAUCAGGAAAUAAUACAGAGGUUGCUUGAGGAAAAUGAUCAGUUAGUUCGCAUUAUUGUCGAGUACCAGAGGAAAGGCAGAGCGGCUGAAUGCGUACGAUACCAACAGAUUUUGCACAGAAACCUUGUGUACUUGGCAACCAUUGCAGAUACAAGCCCAAACAUACUUCCAGCCGCACCUACUACUCAAGCUGAAAACAUGGGCAUUUGUGCAGCAGCACAAGUACAAAGUGAAGAGAGCAAGAGUCUUAGUCCACCAGCAGGGAAAGAAAACACAGACACAUGGGGAGGGACACAGUGAACAGUACACAAAAUAAUUCUACCAGUAAUCCAGUGCACACGUUGGGAGUCCAAGAUCUUCUGAACAAUUUGAUUUGUCCUGGAGCUUGUGUUUCAAUGUAAAAGUUAAUCUGUACAAUACAGUUGAUGCUAUUUUAUUAUACAUGUGUCUGGUAGUAUGCUCUUUGGUGAGUAGGAAGACAGUGAAGAGUCAGUUAUAUCAUUUUGUGUUAAACAAAAGUAGAAAUUAUAUAUAAAUAAAGGGCAAAGGAAUACACCAUAUACAUUAAUUCAAUAAAUGUUUUUGUAGUAUUAAAAAUUAACUGUUUCCACUGUUCGCCUGAUUACCACACACAUAGAUAAAGAUAAGAAUAUAUUAUUUCAACAGGACCACUUAAUAUAGUACAAUAUCUGAAUUUUAAGUUUGCAGCAAUGUCUUGAGUUAGUUAAUCUUUCAGUACCCCUUUAACACUCAGCAAUGAAACUAGAACUAAAGAGCGCCACCUAAACUAUCAGGCUAAAGUACCUUAACAGACUGCGACUGAUUUGCAAUGUGUAAACUUGUAUUUCUUUGGGUGGUUUCACAUACCCUGGUUAGCACUAAUCUUGGAAUACCUACCCUGGAUAAGGAUUCUUGAUGAGUGGGACACCAGGAGUUUAUUCUUUUUAAACUUUUUUGGCAAAGUACAUUUAAAAAAAUAUCAGGUUGUAUAUUUGGUAUUGUAUAUCUCCUAAAAUAUGGCUUUGAUGUUGAAUUAUUUAUUGUGUUUGGUAAAACAAUACAGCUUUGUAAUAAAAAAAUAAAUGAAAAGUAUGUUUUA